ACAGAGCAUUUAUAUACCGCGGUCAAAUGUCUGGGACGCUUAUUUUCUUGCGAAGAACGUCCAUUGCAUUAUCGUGUCGAGCACAACAACGGCUGUAUUUGGAAACAGACUAUUUUCUCAUCACAUUCAAAUAAGUAAUAUACACGUGACCGAAAAUGGCAACGGCUAAACCAAAUAAAAAGGCCUCGGCAGUGGCGAUUGACCUGCCAGAAUGUCCAGUGUGCAUGGAAACCAUGAGUGCACCGAUAUUCCAGUGCCAGUCGGGACAUAGCCUGUGCAACUCCUGCACGCAGAAUCUGAUGCCGCCGAUAUGCCCCAUCUGCCGCCAAAACCUCACGCAAAUGAGGAACUGGCAGUUGGAAGAAAUCGUUGCUAAGGCUAAAGUACCGUGUCCUAAUAAAUCAGCGGGAUGUGUGUACACCAUGGUGUCUGUCGACAUGCAGGAGCAUCUCAAGGAAUGCAUCUUCCGAGAGAUGGAGUGCCCUCUCGGUGUCGUGUUUGGAAAAUGCUCCUGGACAGGUAAACUGAAGGACAUGAUGGAACACUUUAAGGAACGUCAUACUGCUCACUGCAGCGCCACCUCUGAUGAGGAGGUGGAACUUACCAACGUAGAUAUCAAAAAUGAUGAUCGCCACUUCUUCCUCGUGGCCCAAACUAAGUUCUUGUUCAUCAUCACUGUGAAGAUCGACACUCUUCAGAACAUGGUGUAUUGGACCGUUCAGCACAUUGGCAGCAAGAAAGCAGCACAUGAUCAUAUUUACGAGAUACAUGUCUUGAGCAAGCAGAACCCUAGAAGGAAAGUCGUGUUCACAGAACAUUGCUUCAAUGAUGCCAUUAAGCCUGAAGAGAUUUUCCGUCAAGGAAAGUGCGCUGCUCUGCCUUUGGAAAUGUUGGUUCACUAUAUCAAGGAUAAAAAACUCUCGUUCAGGUUCUUUAUUAAAAGAAUCCCACCAGCGCCUAAACCUAAUAAGAAUGAGAAAGGUGAUGACAACAAACCUGCACCUAAAGGACAAGGACCAAAACCUAAAAAUCCAAAUCAGGAUUCUAAGCCUAAGCCAAAUGGGGCUGGUCCCAGCGGAAAGGGUAACAAAAAUAAAGCUCAAGCGUAAUUUCAAGGAAUUGCGAAACUCUAAUUUCCUUAUUCGCUACGAAAAUAACAGCGAAAAUAUUGUUUUUUUAUUAGGUAUCUACGUAACUAGUUUGCUUGUUACAAUGAGAAGGUCGGAGUUGAAGUUCAAUACGCGUGAUUACCUCUACCACAUAAGGCUUCAUAAAGCUCUACAUUAUUUUGAAGUAUGUGAUGUGUGUAUAAAAAAUAAAAGUUGCCUUUGCAUGUCUGUUCUGUAAUAGGUUAAUGUUCAGAAGCAGGCAAAGGCGAGUGGUGAGCGUAGCCUAGCCGCACUUGACCUCACCAAAAUUCUGCUUUACUGGGCUAGUAGUAAAAUAUUGAACCUUGAAUGUAAAGCCGCCUCUAACAUAAGGCGGAUCUCAUCAAACAAACAAACACGGUGAUGGUUGCUAUGGAUUGGUCCAAAGUAAAAAAAAAAAACAAUUGGCAAUU